AUGGAUCAACAAAUCGUCCGUCGAACCAAUGCGCCCGCGCAGAAGGCCCCCUUACGCCAACAACGUACCUACGAGGAGCUUCUACUCAAGAUCCACGAGUGUAACACACUCACUGCACGGAACCAGCAACUCGAACAAGAAAAUGCUUCGUUUCGGCUACAGCUACAGCUACAACGCGCUCCGGCUGAUCAGGGGUCGGCUGGCGGGAGACUUGAGUCUCAGCUCCAGGAUGCUAAUACCAAGAUGCACAACUAUAUCACGGUCAUGCGUGCGCAACUGGAUGCCAGCAUGAAGCACAUAAAGGAGCAGCAGAACACUAUCGAAGGAAUGAAAUUAGCUAUUCGUCGUACUCGAGACUUUCUCAAUACUGAGUUCAACCUAGACCCUUAA